AUGGGCCUGGCCAGGGCCCUGCGCCGCCUGAGCGGCGCGCUGGAGCCGGGGGACAGCCGGGCUGGCGAUGAGGAGGAGGCCGGGCCGGGGCUGUGUCGCAAUGGGUGGGCACCCGCGCAGGCUGGCGCGGGCCGGCGCCGCGGGCGCUUCGUCAAGAAGGACGGCCAUUGCAACGUGCGCUUCGUGAACCUGGGCGGCCAGGGCGCGCGCUACCUGAGCGACCUGUUCACCACGUGUGUGGACGUGCGCUGGCGCUGGAUGUGCCUGCUCUUCUCCUGCUCUUUCCUGGCGUCCUGGCUGCUCUUUGGCCUGGCCUUCUGGCUCAUCGCCUCCCUGCACGGCGACCUGGCUGCGCCGCCACCGCCCGCGCCCUGCUUCUCGCAGGUGGCCAGCUUUCUGGCCGCCUUCCUCUUCGCGCUGGAGACUCAGACGUCCAUCGGCUACGGCGUGCGCAGUGUCACCGAGGAGUGCCCAGCCGCCGUGGCCGCCGUCGUGCUGCAGUGCAUCGCAGGCUGUGUGCUGGACGCCUUCGUCGUGGGCGCCGUCAUGGCCAAAAUGGCCAAGCCCAAGAAGCGCAACGAGACUCUGGUCUUCAGCGAGAAUGCCGUGGUGGCGCUGCGCGAUCGUCGCCUCUGCCUCAUGUGGCGCGUGGGCAACCUGCGCCGCAGCCACCUGGUCGAGGCCCACGUGCGGGCACAGCUGCUGCAGCCCCGGGUGACCCCGGAGGGAGAGUACAUUCCACUGGACCACCAGGAUGUGGACGUGGGCUUCGACGGAGGCACCGAUCGAAUCUUCCUUGUGUCUCCCAUCACCAUCGUGCAUGAGAUUGACUCCUCUAGUCCUCUGUAUGAACUGGGACGUGCUGAGCUGGCCCGGGCUGACUUUGAGCUGGUGGUCAUCCUUGAGGGUAUGGUUGAGGCUACAGCCAUGACCACACAGUGUCGCUCAUCUUACCUCCCAGGUGAGCUGCUCUGGGGUCAUCGUUUUGAGCCAGUCCUCUUCCAGCGUGGCUCCCAGUACGAGGUUGACUACCGCCACUUCCACCGCACUUACGAGGUCCCUGGGACACCUGUGUGCAGCGCCAAGGAGCUGGACGAGCGGGCAGAGCAGGCUUCCCACAGCCCCAAAUCUAGCUUCCCUGGCUCUCUGGCUGCAUUUUGUUAUGAAAAUGAACUUGCUCUGAGUUGCUGCCAGGAGGAAGAUGAGGAAGAGGACACCAAGGAGGGGACUGGGGCAGAGCCAGAAGGUGGAGCUGCCAGCCCCCGAGUUCUCACACCAACCCUGGCACUGACCCUGCCUCCAUGA